AUGCCGUCCCCAAGCCAGCUCAGGAAUGGCGGCGGCGAGGGCCAGCAGGGGCUUCCGCCGCUGGCCCGCGGAUCGCCGCCGCUCCCCAACUAUCAGAACCAGCGCCACAACCACCACCAACACUUCCAUUCCACCGUCUCCGUCCAGAGGCUCCGGCGCGUCAACGCCCUCACCCUGCUGCUCCGGCUCGCGGCCUUCUGCUUCUGCUUCGCCUCAGCCGUCUUCAUGUUCGCCGACAACGCCCGCUCCCCGGGGUCCCCUUCCUGGCUCGAUUACGACCCCUUCAGGUCCUCUCGUGACGAUGAAGCUCUUCCUCUUUCCCUUUCCUCCUGCUCCUAGGAUGCUGAUGGCCGGGGUUUCUUGGACUGUGCAGGUUUGUGCUCGCGGCUAAUGCGAUAGUAGCCCUCUACUCCUUCGCCGAGAUGGGGGCUUCGAUCUGGGAGGUGCUUAAGGGCUCUACUCUGCUGCCGGAGCCCCUCCAGCUCUGGUUCGACUUCGGCCACGACCAGGUACAGGAGCUUUCCCUCGUCUGUUUCCAAUUUCCCCAAGAAACCUGACUUCUCAGAGCCGCUCCUCUCUGGCUCCCCAUGGCGCCGCCGAGUAGGUCUUCGCGUACCUGUUGCUGUCGGCGGAGGCGGCGGGAACGGGGGAGGCGGUGGGUCUCAGGAAGGGGAAGGACAGCUGCUCCUCGGGCAAGGCCUUCUGCGUGCAGGCGGACAUCUCCAUCGCCCUCGGUUUCGUCGGCUUCGUCUUCCUCGCCCUGUCGGCGCUUUUCUCCGGCUUCCGCGUCGGCUGCUACCUCCUCACCGGUUCUCGUUUCCCCCUCUGA